UAGCUGCCAAUUUCAUGUAGCAGAUUUCAGAGUCUAUUCUUUAUGUGUACCCAGAAAAAUAUAUGAAUAUUCACAACAGAAGAGUUAAGAUCGAAUUGGAAGAAAUGGGACGAGAUGAUGAUAGGAUAUCAUUUGACUACGAUGACCAGUGACGUGCAGUAUACUGACAAUAUAAAUACUGAAGAUAUAAAAACUGAAGAUAUGAAAACUGAAGACAUAAAGACUGAAGACGUUAAGGCUGAAAACAUAGAUGUUGUUGACCAGUUAAUUGAUGAGAAUGGAAUAAGACCGUCCAAUGGAUAUGAAUCAGAAAUUGAAGCCUUGAGCAGUGAACAUAACUCAUCUAAUAAAUAUCAAAUUAGGAAUUAUAUCGCUCAUUUAAAACUACAACGUGGCACAACGAAAAACUGGAAUUUUGAGAAAAUGACUUUGAAACUUUUAUAUUCUUAUAACUUUUAA